AUUAUUUGAAAACACUGGUGUUUUUUUGGUUAAAAUAAAAUAUUCGAAGUUCGAGAAUGAAGUUGAAGAUACCGAGUCCAAAGAGAUUGGUUUGCGGCGUGUUUCCUAUACUGCAGUGGUCAAGGACUUACGACGCAAGUUCAGCGGUAGGAGAUUUAAUAGCCGGUAUCACGAUCGCCCUGACAUUGGUACCGCAGUCGAUUGCGUACGCAUCGCUUGCCGGAUUUGAACCUCAGUAUGGUCUUUACUCAUCGUUUAUGGGGCCGUUCGUGUACGCUAUUAUGGGUACGAGUCCUCAGGUGAACCUGGGGCCUUCAGCAUUAUUAUCGCUUCUUACAUUUACGUACACGAACGGCACAAACCCGGACUUCGCCAUACUUCUGUGUUUCAUGGCUGGAAUUGUGCAGCUUAUUGCAGGAAUAGCGCAACUUGGUUUUCUGGUGGAGUUUAUAUCUGUGCCAGUGGUAUCAGGGUUUACGUCAGCCGCUGCAUUGACAAUCGCAUCAUCGCAAGUCAAGGGACUACUAGGUCUUCGGUACAAUGCUGACACUUUCGUUUCCACGUGGAAGAACUUUUUCAAGCACGUCGGCGAAGCGAGAUUAUCUGACAGCAUGCUUAGCCUGGGAUGUAUUAUCGUGCUCACAGUAAUGAAGGCCAUGAAAGACAUCAAAAUAAAGGACAAGGCUGCGGACGAAAAGGGUUGCCGCAAGGCGAAAAUACUAAAAAAGGUUUUGUGGGUUGGAGGAGUGUCAAGGAAUGCUGUGGUCGUGUGUCUGGCGUCACUGAUAGCUUACUUCGUGUAUGAAGAUAAAUAUAAUCCCUUCCUUCUUACAGGCUCCAUAACACCAGGACUGCCCCACGUUCGUCCGCCAGCGUUCGAGACGACAGUUGGCAACGCUACAUACACUGCUGGGGACAUGUUGUCACACCUUGGUUCUGGACUGGCUGUUGUACCCAUAGUGGCCAUACUGUCUAACGUUGCUAUUGCUAAAGCAUUUGCAAAGGGGAAGACUGUGGAUGCGACACAAGAAAUUGUGGCUUUGGGCGUUUGCAACAUCGUGAGCGCUUUCUUCCAAUCCAUACCUGUGAACGGCUCCUUUUCCCGAAGCGCUGUAAGCGACGCCUCCGGAGUCAAGACACCUGGCUCAGGGAUAUACACGGGUAUAAUAGUAAUACUGACGCUGGUCUUGCUGACGCCAUACUUCUACUUUAUUCCCCGUGCCGCCCUCUCUUCGGUCAUCGUCUGCGCUGUUCUACAAAUGGUUAAUUAUGAAAUUAUCAAAAAACUAUGGAGAAGUAGCCGAUUGGAUCUCAUACCACUAUUCGGUACGUUCCUGUGCUGUCUAUUCUUGGGCGUUGAGAUUGGACUCGUCUGCGGUGUGGGCAUCGAUGCACUACUGCUUCUGUAUUACCACUCACGACCACCUUUAGAUGUUCAAUAUGUUGAUGAUGGCGUCCUACCACCUCAUUACGCGAUCCGUCCCGUGGGAGGCUUACACUUCGCGGGCGCAGAAAGAGUUCGGCAGAAACUCUUUACGUUACAACAGCAGAAGCCUAGAGCUAUCCCCGUCACAACUGUACAUAUAAGCAAUGGGAUCGACAGUGAAGCUUCUAGAAAUACCCAGAGAAAUGUCCCCACAAUGAAUGGUACAAGCAGUAAUGGUGCUUCAGUCAUCAAAAGAAAUGAUGUCGAAGCCAGUGGCAUUAAAACUACAGAACUAUUAGUCAUAUACUGUGAUUCCUUAUACAAACUGGAUUACACAUUCUUACAGAGUAUGAAAAUGUUAGUACAAGACUGGUCACGUGUAGGUCGUGUUAUUUGGUGUAACGCACGGCAGGCGGUCAAAGAGCAAUUGUCUGAAGUGCUUCCUGAACCUAUAUUCUGUGACAGCAACCAGUUGAAACCGUUCCUAAAAGGUUCGACCGAGGAAGCACAAACCAUGGGUAGCGAUACUACAGCGUUUUAGUUUUUAAUCUUAAGAAUUAUGGAUUAUUUUAUGUAUUUUAUAUGUGAUCAAAAUUUGUACUAGAAUUCAUACUGAAUUUAUUCAAAAAGACUUGCUCGCGUGCAUCGAACGAGAAAAGCUCUACUACUUUCAAGUCACAACGGGACUCUUAUCCAUGAGCAGCGUGCGCUUCACGGUGACGUCACGCAGCCGAUGUCGGUCUGCGCGACCGAUGCGAUUUGAUAUUAGAAGAGCUUUUUUUAGCUAAUUCACUUGAAUAAGUCAUCAUUUUCAACAAAUUUAACUAGAUUUUAAUGGUG